AUGAGUCAAAGAAAGUUAAAUUUCAAUGUUGGAGAAAAUUAUGAAGUUAUUGAUGUAGUUGGAGAAGGAGCUUAUGCUGUGCAUAAGCCAACUGGACAAAAGGUUGCCAUUAAAAAAAUAACACCAUUCGAUCAUUCCAUGUUUUGUCUACGUACAUUAAGAGAAAUAAAGCUUUUGAGAUACUUUAACCAUGAGAAUAUCAUUGCAAUUUUAGAUAUUGUAAAACCCGAAACUUUUGAUAAAUUUACUGAAUCCAAGACAAGUAAUCCAAUUUUAAAUUAUUGUUGUUUGAAUCAAAGCUAUCUUAUCCAAGAACUUAUGGAAACUGACAUGCAUCGUGUAAUUCGUACUCAAAAUUUAAGUGAUGAUCAUUGUCAAUAUUUCAUUUAUCAAACUCUUCGUGGGUUGAAGGCAUUACAUUCUGCCAAUGUACUUCAUCGUGAUUUGAAACCAAGCAAUCUUUUGUUAAAUGCUAAUUGCGAUCUAAAGGCAAGUGACAAAAAACAAAAUUCGAUAUUUUUUAACGUAUGUGAUUUUGGUCUGGCAAGAAGUGCAAAUUCCAGCGACGAACAUAGUGGAUUCAUGACAGAAUAUGUUGCUACAAGAUGGUAUCGAGCUCCAGAGAUCAUGUUGACAUUUAAAGAGUAUACCAAAGCCAUCGACGUUUGGUCUGUUGGUUGUAUUUUGGCAGAAAUGUUGAAUGGGAAACCAUUAUUUCCUGGAAGAGAUUAUCACCAUCAACUCACUUUGAUUCUUGAUGUUCUUGGUACACCAACUAUGGAAGAUUUCCAUGGAAUUAAAAGUCGAAGAGCACGUGAAUAUAUCAGGAGUUUACCAUUUAAAAAACGGAUUCCUUUCUCUAAAAUGUUCCCUGAUGCAAAUACGCAUGCUAUAGAUAUGUUGGAGAAAUUAUUAACUUUUAAUCCUACCAAAAGAAUUACUGUUGAAGAGGCUUUAGAACAUCCUUAUUUGGAACCUGUAAGUUAUUAA